AUGGCACAAAGUCGGAUUUUGGAUCUGGUCAAAAUUGCCAUAUUCAAGACCCAAUGCCGCAUAUUCUCCCUUAAUUUCAACCCCCAACGCCUGCGACUGGGAAACAAGGUUUUGAGACAACGAUUGCGUGGCCCGGCUCUCGCGGCUUGGUACCCCAAGAAAACUGUAACUUUCCGCGAUUUACAAAAUACUUACAAACCUCUCGGAUUGACGACAUUCGACGAGGCUGAAGACGAUAGAGAAGAAGCUAUUCAGAUGUGA